AUGGCCAAAUGCCCUAUUUUCAGCCUUCCACGAGAAAUCCACGACGUCAUUAUCGACUACCUCGGCCCCCCAGAGCAUCUCCAUCUGCGAGCAGUAUGCCAAUCCUUCCGCGAACUCAUCCCCCCACUUUGCAUCCAGCAGCUCCUGCAAGUCGAAGUCUCGGAUUUCGGGCUCGCAAAAGACCUAUACACAUGCCGAGACUGCAUGCGGCUACGCCCAAGGGCAAAGUUCGCAGACAACAUGGUCAAGAAGAAGAAAGCGAAAGGGUGUGCGGAAGCAGGGAAACGAUUCUGCGUGGAAUGCGGCACAAGCCCAAAUGCAAACUCUCCUCUUCCUGCAACGGCGCGCUAUACCAGAGGCUGUCACGUCGUCAUCUUAGGAGAGCACCAUGUCGUCUGCUAUCCUUGCGGGAGAUUCGGUCUUGGCUGGGGGGAGAGGGGCGUUUACAUGGAUGAAUGCCGUGAUUGUCAGCUCCAGGAGAGGUUUUUGGAACGGUGGACUGAGGCUGAAGCGCACAAGGCACGACAGAAGAGGCUUGCGUAA